CCAAUGGCGCUGUGUGGAGAAGUGAGUAGGCGGGACUUGUAGUUGAACUCCGCGUUCUGAUUGGCCGUGCUGAUUAAAUACCACGACGCAAACGGUUUGUGUUGUAACGUUCUAGUAUCCGUAAGGCGCAACGUCAGUCACUGUCAAAUAUCUCAUGCUCCUAUUGGACGAGAGCGGCUAGCCCUCUUCACUGAUUGGUUAAUCCUCGCUCCGAAAACUGGCAGAUUUUCCAGCGCCACUUAGCGGCGUUUCGCAUCGCGGUGGUUUGGUAGCGGCGGGCGGGGAAGAGUUGGGCAACGGCUGACCCUAAUAUCCAGGAAAAAAAAAAACUUGGAUUAAACUCGGGGUUAGGGGUUGCCCGAGCUAGCCUCCUACACCUGUACACCGCCGCGGCCGCUCAUUCCGUGUCAGUCCGUGCUGGACAAGCUCGUCUAAUGUCGGAUUUCAAGCUCGGGAUUGUUCGCCUGGGCCGUGUGGCCGGGAAGACAAAAUACACCCUCAUUGAUGAGCAGGAUAUACCUCUGGUGGAGAACUAUGCCUUUGAGGCACGCAUGGAGGUUGACGCUGACGGCAACGGAGCAAAGAUCUUUGCAUACGCCUUUGAUAUAAGCAAAGGCCGGUGGGCAGGUCGACCUCUGCACGAGUUACUCUGGGAGAAGCACAGAGGCGGCAUUGCUCCUAGCUUCCAAGUUGUCCACAUAAACUCGGUCACGGUGGACAACCGUCUAGACAAUUUGCGCCUCGUUCCUGUUGGCUGGACUCCCAAACCGGAGGAGCUGUCUAGCAAACAAAGGGAGCAGUCACUUUAUUGGCUGGCCAUCCAGCAGGUACCAGCUGAUCCGGUGGAGGAGCAGUACCUGGAGCUGGGCCGCACACGUUACUACAACGCCAAUGGAGAGCUGGUGGAGGAGGAGGAGUGUUCCUGCACUUACUACGAGUGUCACUAUCCCCCUUGCUCACUCAUUGAGAGGAGGCUGCGAGAGUUCAACAUCUGUGGUCGCUGUCAGGUGGCACGCUACUGUGGCUCACAGUGUCAGCAGAGGGAUUGGCCGGCCCAUAAGAAGCAGUGCCGCGAACGCAAGAGGGUCCUGGCCUUGGAGUCUGAGCCUGAGCGGUGAUCCCCUGAGCCCCCAUCACUCACAAAUGGGGUCAGAGGGGGGACUGUGGGACGGGACUUGCAAAGAAAUGCAAAAAUGACAAUGGGGGAAAAAAAAAAUCUACUGACUGACUAACCGAAUGGGCGAUUAUGUUGGUAGGUGAGGCAGGCCUGUUGAGUGCAGGGUGGGAGGGGCAUGAAAAACCUUUUUUUUCUUCCCAAACUUUGGCAUUUCCUUGGCUUGUUAUGGGGGGAUUUUUCUUUUAGAGGGAGAUCAUUAAAAGGCUGCUGCUAUGGAUGUGUGUUUUGUGAAGAAAAACACCACCCCAUCAUGACUUCUUCGGUAUGGACAUUUUCGAGAGUUCAUUAGCUCACUCCUUCCUUCCAUUCUCACGCCCGUCGUGAAGUGUUAGCCGCUGGUCUCGAGGAACACGCCUGCUGUAGAAAGAGACGGAAUAACGGACCUCUUCACUGUACUUUUCCUCUCCCAGUCGGACUUCCUGUACACACAAACGUGCACACGCCUGCUUACCUGCCGUAUCCUUCCCCGGGUGUGCAGCAAAGGACUUUGCAAAUUCACACUACCAGUAUUGUGUGUGUGUGUGUGUGUGUGUGUGUGUGUGUGUAUGUGCGUGCGUGCCAUGCCAUUAUCGACUGAAGUAAUAGAAUUUUUCUCUAUUCCAAGCAUGGGUGGAUGGACUGGGUAGGAAAGUUAUUCUUGAAUCUAGGGAUGUUGUCACUUUUUUUUUUUUUUUUUUUUUUGUUCUCCUGUGGCGAGUUUCUGAAAUUGCUCUCAGUGCUGCAUUAAAAAAAAAUUCCAGUCGCCUUCCAUUAAAUAAUGUUCAAGCUCAAUCACUAGCAUUUGGAUUCAACGGAUGUCCUGGGCUAAAGAAAAAAACUUGAAAAUGCACACAAAGUUGUCCAUGUUCAACAUCCGCAGUCAUCUUUCUGCAAGUUGAUGCUUGGGUUAUUUCGUUUGUCAAUCCUUCUUGUCCAGUGUAACAUCUGUACCUUUUCUCUCUUUGUGUUUCGUAUAAACCCAAACCUUUUUAAAAAAAAGAAAAAGGAAAAAAAAAAAAAAGGACACAGGCAUACCUGCACACAUGUUUAAAGUGUGUCUUCCUCUUAAAUGUAAGGCAACUUUACCGAACUGUAAUGUGGUAUGUAAUGAUGCGCACGGACAUGCACACAAAUCUUGCAUGUAUUGCAGGUAUACAUGCUAUUUGUUGACAGUUGUGUACCAAUGUGUUUAUUUAUCCAGAUAGGGUUGAACACUGUGCACUGAAUAUCCUCACUUUCAUCUUUGUCCGGGAGAUUACAGAAUGAUUGCGUUUGGGGCAGGUUUUUUUUUUUGUCUUAUUUUUUAAUUUUAUUAAAUAUAUGAAUUUCAAUAUGCUUUAAAAUAUGUAAAAUAAAUAAAUCUACAUGAGGGGACAUAAUGUUCGCCAUAUUCUAUUGUCACUGUAAAAUAAAUAAAGUAUGAUGUGCGAAAAGUAUGUUUACACCAGAGAAGUGUGUCCAAAAGGGUGGAAUUUUUAUUAGAUAUACAACCUCUGGGGGAUAAAAUGGGAUGUUUACCUGGCUCUUUUACUUCGUAGCAAAUAACCAAAUCACAUAUGACGCAAAACAAUUUUUGUUUAAUAGGUGAACAUUCUGGCUUCAUGAAACAUGCCUACUUUCUAUCGAUGGAUUGAAAAGUGGCAAACUUUUGAAUGUACACCUGUGCAUUAUCUGUUGAGGUCUCCCCUGGUCCUUUACCUCGCAUGUCAUAAAUGAUUGUUUUCUUCAGGCAGUCAUCUUUAUAUGUUUCAUUACAACAGCACCAGUCAAAAGUUCCUGCAUCAUCUCCUUUGGCCAAUGCAGAUUCAUGAUUCAUCACUGAAUAUCACUUUCAUUCAAUCAUCCACUCUCCAUGACUGUUUCUCUUUAGCCCACUGUAACCUUGUUUUCUUCUGUUUAGGUGUUAGUGCUGGUUUCAUUUGGCUUUUCUAUACGUAAAUCCCAUUUCAUUCAGCCGAUUUCUUAUAGUUCAGUCACAAAUGUUGACUCCUGUUUCCGCCCAUUUGUUUUUAAUUUGUUUUGUUGUGCAUUUUCUAUUGUCAAGGCAUAUUGCUUUGUGUUUUCUAUCCUGAUGUUUGCCAUCUUCCUUUGUAAACCUGUAUUUUUUUUUUUCCUUUUAUAACCUUCCCAUUUUGUUUAUUUAUUUAUUUGGACACAGCUGACUGUGAACAACCAACAUCUUUCGCCACAAUUUUGCUGUGUUGCAUUUGCUUCUUGAAGGAGUUUUAUAAUCCUUUCCAUUGUUUCAAUUGACAGCUCAUGUUGGGGCUACGUUUGCUUUCAAAUAGCCAAGUCCAACAGCUUGUUACAUUCUGUAAGCACUCUCUUUUAACUGCAGACUCAUUUGCAUUUUUAGACUGGUGCUGGUAUUUGUUUUAGAAACGCAAAUUACGAAAUGAUUCCAUAUGGGGUUUUUUUCACUUCUUGAUUUAGAAAAAAAAUAUGCCAUUAAUUAAAAAAUUUAAUUUAAUUAGUUUUAGGUAUGUUUCAUGAAGCCGGAAUGUUCAGCUAUUAAACAAAAAUAGUUUUGUUUCAUAUCUGUGCUUUGUUUAUUUGCUCUAAAGUAAAUAAAAAUCCAGGUGAGCAUCCUCUAAGUGUGGUGAUUCAUAAGUUUUGACAGGUGUUGCAUAAAAAUCUUGAUUUGAAUAAAAGCAGCAUCAUAUGCACACACAAUUUCUUUUAACCUAAAUUCACAACAGUUUUAAAAUUUAAAAUAAUUGCAAACGUCUCUUUAAUGUAUUAAUUUUUUUGUGGAAAAUGGACAGGGUGUCGUCUCAACGCUUUUGAUGUUUGAUCUGCAUCAUAUGGUUUAGUGGCAAUGAUUAGCGCACUGAUUGAGGUUCUGUGUUAAUGGUUAGAAGGUUGAGAGUUAAAUCCCCAGGAUGCCACAGCAGCAAAUCUGAACAAGGCACUUAAACUUAUUAGACUGGAUUCUCCUUCAUUUACAAGUCCAAAGUAAAUAAGCGUUGCUCCAAAUGAGAAUUAUGAAACUUUAGCUAAUGAGUUUAAUCCGCUGUCUUAAAUAAAAGUCUGACACUGAUCUACAGUUAAAGGUUUAAGCCCCUGUCUUAUCUUAAUAUGUUUGUGCCUUACAUCUUUGAACCUGUACAUUUGCUUUAUAUUAUAUUUGCAUACUAUAAGUAAGUGAACGGUGGGAAAAAUGACGGCAAUGCAAUGCACUAUGGGUAACUUGAAAUAUAGCUAUGGUGAUUAAAGCUCCAGCUUGGCUCACGUCUCCCCUACCGUACGACAGCUAUCCCUAUUGUGUGCUCUAUAGACUCCUGGGCCUUGGAUCACUGUGGCAUCGUCAGUAUUUCAACUUGCAAUCUUAGGGUGAACACUUUUCUGUUUCACCAGUUGGGAGCCCUGUAGGAUUUCUUAUACAAACCCAAUUCCAAAAAAGUUGGGACGCUGUGUAAACUAAAUAAAAACAGAAUGCAAUGAUUUGCAAAUCUCAAAAAACCCAUGUUAUUCACAAUAGAACAUACAAAACAUCAAACGUUUAAACGGAGGAAAUGUACCAUUUUAAGGAAAAUAUAAGGUAAUUUUUAAUUUGAUGGCCGCAACACCUCUCACAAUUUGGGAGGGUGGCAACAGCUGGAGGUUAAUUGGCAAAAGGUCAGUAACAUGAUUGGGUAUAAACAGAGAAUCGAUGAGAGGCAGAUAUGAUAUAUGUUAUGUUUUCUAUGUUCUAUUGUGAAUAGCAUGUUUUUUUGUUUUUUUUUGAGAUUUGCAAAUCAAUGCAUUCUGUUUUUAUUUACAUUUUACACAGCAUCCCAACUUUUUGGGAAUUGGGGUUGUACACCACUCCUUGUGUGAUGGAAUUUUUUUUAAAAUAGUAAAUGUUACAGAGUGCAGCCUAUUACAAUACACUAUGGCCAAAAUUUUGUGGACACCUGACCACCACACCCUUACAGUAUGUGGUCUGUCACCGAACUGUUGCCGCAAAUUUGUAAGCACACAAUUGUAUAAGAUGUUUAUGUAUGUUGUAGCGUUACAAUGUCUCUUCACUGGAAUUAAAGAGCCCAAACCUGUGUAUAGCCUCAGAUUCCUAUUUGUAGCUGACAGACAUGAAACCUGAUGUGGUCUCCUGCCGUUGUAGCCCAUCCACCUCAAGGUUUGAUGUCUUGUGCAUGCUGAGAUGCUUUUCUGCUCACCACGGUUAUAAAGAGUGAUUAUUUGAGUUACUAUAUCCUUCCUGGCAGUUCAAACCAAUCUGCCCAUUCUCCUCUGGUCUCUCUUAUCAAUAAGAACUGUUGCUCACUUAAUGUUUUUUGUUCUUCCACACCAUUCUCUGUAAACUCAUACUGUCAAACAUACUGUUUUGUGUGAAAUUCCCAGGAGAUCAGCAAUUUAUGAAAGACUCAAUCCAGCCCUUCUGGUACCAACAUCCAUACCACAGUCAAAGCCACAGCCACACUUUCUCUUUAUUCUAUUGUUUGAUGUGAACAUUAACAGAAGCUCUUGACCUGUAUCUGCAUGAUGUUUUUGCACUGGCUGAUUAGACAACUGAAUGAAUAUGCAGUUUUGUCUACAGGUGUUCCUAAUAAAGUGGAUGGUAAGUAUAUAUGCAUAUACAUAACCAUUCAGUUUUGCUUACUCUUUGUCCAUUUAUUGUUUAACCCAC